AUGAACAUUAUUUGCUUAACUAACGUUGUGCGAUUAUCUAAUCAAAAAGCAGCUUAUGAGGAAGAAAUUAAUGACUCCAAGGACUUCAUAGAGUUCUCUGAUUUUGCAACCAAUGAACUUCAAUCUCAAGAAUCAACAACCCUGACAUGCCUGCAAGAAGAUCAGUCUUCUGAAAAUGGCGAUGAAGCUGAAAUUCCCAAUGCCCCUGAAAGUAAUGAACUUGGUCCAAACGACAGAGAAAUAGCUACCAUGGAAGAAAAAGUGUUGUCAGCUGAUAAUAACCAAGAGGGUAUCAACCAUCAUUUAUCUUCGCAUUUGGAGCCUAAUGAAGCUGAGGAGGAGAAGUUUCCCGAGACACCUACUUCUGUUGACAGUUCUCACUACUUGCAUAAGAAGCUUUUGCUAUUCGAGAAGCGAGAGUCAGGGACUGAGGAAUCCUUAGAUGGAAGUGUGGUAAGUGAGAUGGAUGCUGGUGACCCAGGUCUUACUGUUGAAAAGCUGAAAACAGCACUUAAAGCUGAAAGAAAAGCUUUUGGAGCAUUAUAUACAGAACUAGAGGAAGAGCGGAGUGCCUCUGCAAUAGCUGCAAACCAGACUAUGGCUAUGAUAAACAGGCUUCAAGAAGAGAAGGCAGCAAUGCAGAUGGAAGCAUUGCAAUACCAGAGGAUGAUGGAGGAACAGUCUGAAUAUGACCAGGAAGCCUUACAACUUCUAAACGAGCUCAUGAUCAAGAGAGAAAAGGAGAAGCAAGAGCUGGAGAAAGACUUGGAAGUGUAUCGCAAGAAGGUUUUGGACUAUGAGGCUAAAGAAAAACUGAGAAUGAUGAGAAGAAUCAAAGAUGGAAGUAUAAGAAGUAGAACUUCUUCUGUUACAUGCAGCAACACAGAGGAUCUUGAUGAGCUGUCUAUUGAUCUUAAUCGUGAAGCAAGGGAUGAAGAUGGUAGCAGCAGCUUUGGGAACCAAGAAAUUGGUAACAAUAAUACUUCCGGUGAUGAAGUUGUAAAUUUGCAGGAAAUAGCACUGGAUUGUGUGAAGCAGAUGACUGCACUAGAUGAUUCAAUGGUUGAAUUUGAGGAAGAGAGGCUGUCCAUCUUAGAUCAGCUCAAGGCGUUGGAGGAGAAGCUACUCCAUUUGGAUGAUAAUGCAGACAUUGAGGAUGUGCAUUCGGGAGAGCAGUCCUCAAAUUAUAGCGUCAAAGGAUUCGAUGAAAGCUAUGAAAUGGGCACUCCAGAAGAAAAUGGGAUUUCCAUUGAAUUGUCAAAGGAUGGACAUUAUCCGGAGAGGAAAACAAUGAGUUCCAUGGCAAAGAACCUCCUUCCUCUUCUGGAUGCUGCUGAUAAUGACACUGAAGAAGGGUUUGCAUUCGAUGAAAAUGUUGAAUCUGAAUUUGUUGAAAUGGAGAACUCUGUGGUUCCCAAAUUUGAUUCAGAUGAAAAAAAACUAGCCAUUGAAGACGAGGUAGAUCAUGUUUAUGAGAGACUACAAGCUCUUGAAGCAGACAGGGAGUUCCUAAAGCAUUGUAUGAGUUCAAUACAGAAGGGAGACAAGGGGAUGGACCUUCUCCAAGAGAUCUUGACACAUCUGCGUGAUCUUAGGGCAGUGGAACUCCGGGUGAGGAACAUGAGUGAGGAUCCUCUGGAGUGA